UGCCCCCUCCCCCGGGGUUUUUUUGGGUUUUUUUAAAAUUACAUAAAGCUGACAACUGCAGAUUUGCCCUCUGUUGCUCACACAGUUAAAGAGAAGAGUUCAUGUCCACCCCAGCUUGUUUCACUUUGCUGCUGUUCCUCAGCCAGCCCAAAUUUCAGCUGCAGUAACACGAUCCCACUUGGCAGAGCCUGAGAGAAUCUUUGGCACAUUGGAGAGAGGCUUAAUGUAAAGUCUACUUUUUUUUUUUUCCCCUUUCUUUUUAAUUUUUUUAGAAUUUUUUUUUAGAGCUUUUUGAAACUCCUCUGGUUGUGCACAGCUCUGGCAGUAGCUGCAGGGCUGCUCACAAACGCUCCAAAUGUGAGCUCAAGGAUUACAGAUGUGUUCUGUGCAGGGAAUGUCUUGAGUGCCUGUCCCAAAAACUCCUCCAAAAACUCCUCGGGAACGACAUGGAUCAGGCUGAACAGCUCUCUGCAGGCAGAAGGAAAAGCUCCCUGUCCUUGGACAAGAAGAGCAGUGGCUGGAGAGCCACACUGGGGGUUUUGUGUCUGUUCCCUGUGCUGGCUUUGCUGGCAGUUCUGGAAUAUCCAGCUGGAGCUGCAGUUCAGGAAAUUCAGGCAGAUGUGCCAGGCCCAGCUGUGCUGCCCCCGGCGCGGAGCCGGCGCUACACCAUCACCCCCGGCCACCUCAAGUGGGACCACUUCAACCUCACCUACAAGAUCCUGUCCUUCCCCAGGAACCUGCUGAGCGCGCGGGACACGCGCCGGGGGCUGGCGGCCGCUUUCCGCAUGUGGAGCGAGGUGUCCCCGUUCAGCUUCAGGGAGGUGCCACGGCACCUCCCCAGCGACCUCCAGAUCGGUUUCUACUCCAUCAACCACACGGACUGCCUGGAGUCCCUGACCCACCACUGCUUCGAUGGCACCACGGGGGAGCUGGCCCACGCCUUCUUCCCCCCCCACGGGGAAAUCCACUUCGAUGACCACGAGUACUGGAUCCUGGGCAACACCAGGUUCAGCUGGAAGAAAGGGGUGUGGCUGACAGACCUGGUGCACGUGGCUGCCCACGAGAUCGGGCACGCGCUGGGCCUGAUGCACUCGCUGAACCCCGGCGCGCUCAUGCACAUCAACGCCACCCUGACGGGCAGGAAGAGCAUCUCCCAGGACGAGGUGUGGGGGAUCCACAGGCUCUAUGGCUGUAAGGACAGGUUGGUGAUGUGCCCUUCCUGGGCAAGGAGAGGUUUCUGUGAGAAGCGCAGGAAGCUGAUGAAGAAGCACUGCCCCUCCACCUGCGACUUCUGCUACGAAUUCCCAUUUCCUACAGUGCCCCCCACCCUGCCCCCACCAAGGACCAAAACCAAGACAGUUUCUGAGGGCAGGAACGUCACCUUCCGCUGUGGGCAGAAGAUCAUCCACAAAAAAGGCAAAGUCUACUGGUAUAAAGAUAAGGAACUUCUGGAAUAUUCCUAUCCAGGUUAUUUAUCCCUAAAUGAAGAUCACAUGAGCAUCAUUGCAAAUGCAAUUAAUGAAGGAACUUACACUUGUAUAGUGAAGAAAAAAGAAAGAAUCCUGACUACUUAUUCCUGGAGAAUCAGACUGAAGCACUGACACAGCCCUGGGAGGAGCCCCUCAGUUCCUGCUCCUUCUGGCUCCAGUUUUCCUUUGGCAUUUUAGAUUUAAUCUCCAGUAGUGCAACUGAAUUCUGCAGCAGCUGCUUUGGGCAAAAGAGACUUUGGGACUGGUUACUGGGA